UCUUGAUUAAUUAACAACUAACAAAGAGAAGCAAUUUCUUUUUAACUAAUAAAUUUUAAACAAGUUUAUAUAUCAUCUAAUCAACCAUUAUAUUGGGGAUGUCGAAGUGGUUUUAUUUUAUCGUAACAUCAUUUUAUCUCAGUAUCGACAAAAUAAAUAGAGCAAUAACAAUAUAUGCUAAAAAAGCAGUAGUCUUGGGAAAUGUCUUACAGUGAUGGUAGUAACAGUGGACGUUCCUCGCAUAAAAAUAGCAGAUCACCAAAGAAGUUGAGCGUAAUUAAGUCUGAAAAUAGUGAUAAAACAGUAACAAGUGUCACUUACGGACAUCAUCACCAUCAUCAUCAUCACCAUCAUCGUUUUAUCGAAGGGCAACAACCAUCUGUGCAUAAAAGAAACCUCUAUAUUGUUUCAUUUCCAUUGAUAAUUUUAUUCAAUGCGCUUAGAACUGUUAUUUAUCAGCUAUAUGUAAUUUUUAAGUAUAUUUAUGCUUCAACAUCACGUCUCAUGCAGAGAAAACAUUCCAAUAAAAAUACAUGCCAACUGGAAAUUGUAGUUGAUCGGGAGGCUGUAUGUAACGAGCAUAAAAGUGCAAUUGAAGAGAUGUCACUUAAUACAAGAAGACCACCAGGACCUGGACCAGGAGAUCCAUUAUUGGCAAAACAAAAGCAUCAUCAUCGUAGAGCUUUUGAAUAUAUCAGCAAAGCCUUAAAAAUUGAUGAGGAAAAUGAAGAACAUAAAGAAAUGGCUAUAGAACUGUACAAAAAAGGAAUUUAUGAGCUGGAAAAAGGCAUAGCAGUAGAAUGCAAUGCGGGUCGGGGAGAAGUUUGGGAAAGAGCUCAAAGACUUAAUGAUAAAAUGAAGACAAAUUUGGCAAUGGCCAAAGAUAGACUCGAUUUUCUUGCAAGUGUAUGUGAGCUGAAAAAUCUGGAAAUCACGGACAAUGAAAAACAGCCUAUUAUUUCACAAGAACAAUAUAACGCUGAACAGCAUGAUAAAAAGGACAAAACUGUACAUAAUCGACACAACAAUGUACAUACUAUAAUGGCGAACUCGCAGACCAUCUCUGAUGCAAGUUACAGUCAGAAGUACAAAAAUAGUGAACGCACAUUGAACAUCGUACAGAGUACGUAUAAGCAGUCCUCCAAAUCUAGUCCACAAUAUUUACAUACUUCUAAGAAUAAUACUUCAGAAGCAUCGGGUAGAAAAUUUCCGGUAUCGGGAAAGCGGCUAUCUGGCGUCGUUGUAAACAAAAGUCAAACUCUACCUCGAAACAUGGGGCGCUCGCAACCAAUUUUACCUUGCCAUCGAACAUCUUUAAUUAAACCAUCGCUAACACCACCUUCAGUGAAAAGACAGCUCUCAAUACCAGGAAGCGAAUCACCUUUACGCAGACGUCCAACAACACCUGCUAACAGCACAGUUAACUUGGCCAAUAGCAAUAGAGGAACACCUGUAAAAAAAUUACCACAACUAAAGGGUGUGGAACCAAAACUCGCUCAAAUUAUUCUUGAUGAAAUACUAGAAGGAAGAACGCCUGUACUAUGGGAUGAUAUUGCUGGACAAGAGACCGCAAAACAAGCUUUGCAAGAAAUGGUAAUAUUGCCAUCUUUACGACCUGAGUUGUUCACCGGUCUACGCACCCCUGCAAGAGGGCUACUUUUAUUUGGACCACCGGGAAACGGAAAGACUUUGUUGGCACGCGCAGUCGCUACGCAGUGCAAUGCUACAUUUUUUUCAAUUUCUGCUGCAAGUCUGACCUCUAAAUAUGUUGGUGAAGGAGAGAAACUUGUAAGAGCCUUAUUUUCAAUCGCUCGUGAAUUGCAGCCGUCCGUCAUAUUUAUUGACGAAGUAGACUCCUUAUUAAGCGAACGCAAGGAUAACGAGCACGAAGCUUCUAGACGAUUGAAAACUGAAUUUUUAGUUGAGUUUGAUGGUCUUCCAUGUUGCCCAGAAGAAAGAAUAUUAGUAAUGGCUGCGACUAAUCGUCCACAAGAACUGGACGAAGCGGCCUUAAGACGAUUUUCUAAACGAGUUUAUGUGACACUACCUGAUUAUCAAACAAGAAUUAUCCUAUUAAAACGAUUGUUAGAAAAACACGAUGAUCCUUUAACAAUGGAAGAAUUGAAUCAAAUGUCAAUGCUGACAGAAGGUUAUUCUGGUAGUGAUUUAACCGGUUUAGCGAAAGAUGCGGCUCUUGGUCCAAUCAGAGAACUGAAUAUGGAUCAAGUAAAAGAUUUAUCUUUGAAUUCAGUACGCAACAUAACACAAAAAGAUUUCCUUGACUCAUUAAAAAGAAUUCGUAGAUCUGUUUCACCAGGAAGUCUAGCUGCUUAUGAAAAAUGGAGUCUUGAAUACGGUGAUGUAAGUCAUUAAUUAAAGUCAGCAAAUGAUAACGAAAAUGGGUUAUUUUCUAUGUAACAAUCGUAAUUUUGAAAAUAUUAAAUAUUAAUCCCAUUGUG